AUGUCUGAACUCUCGCUGGGACCUCAGGCUAAACGUGCGAACAGGUUGAACCUGAGUCCGACCCAGAAAGAACUCUUGGCUGGGACGGUUGGCGGUGUCGCUCAGGUGCUGGUCGGUCAGCCUUUCGACUUGGUAAAGGUCUUGCAGCAGACCUCACCAUCGGGGACUUACAAAGGACCCCUCGACGUCGCCGUCAAGGUUUUCAAAAAUGAGGGUCCCCGUGCUUUCUACAAGGGAACCCUGACUCCUCUCCUCGGUAUCGGGGCAUGCGUUUCCAUCCAAUUUGCUGCUUUCGGAGCUGCCAAGCGAUAUUUCACCAAGGACAAAGCUCCUGGCCAAAACCUGAGCAUGGGAGAACUGUUCGCUGCCGGAGCUUUCGCUGGGGUUGCCAACACGAUCCUGUCGGGGCCGAUCGAGAACAUCAGAAUCAAGCUGCAAGGUCAACCUAAGCCGAAAGCUGGAGAGCAGAAACUGUACAACGGUCCUCUGGACGUUGCGAGCAAGCUGUAUCGAGCGCAUGGGAUCAAGGGGAUCUUCCAGGGUCAAGUGCCGACGAUCUGGCGUGAUGGUCUCGGUUCCGGGUCAUACUUUGCUGCUUACGAAGCCACGAUUCAAUACGUCUGCAAGACUCAGAACAUCGCUCGAGAUCAAAUCUCCCCGUUAUGGGCCGUUGGAUCCGGUAUGGUUGCCGGUUACGCUCUCUGGUUCAGCGUCUACCCAAUCGAUGUCGUAAAAUCGAAGAUCCAGUCAGGGGCAGGCGUCUACUCGGGCAUGGUGGACUGUUUCAGCAAGACCUGGAAGAACCAGGGUCUCAAGGGUUUCACCAAUGGAUUGAUCCCUACCUUGGUCAGGUCGCCGUUUGCCAACGGAGCGACAUUCUUGUUCUUCGAGUUGACCAUGCGCGCACUGCAGUAG